GAAAUUAUUUGAGUAACCGUCGUUUGUUUUUCACACAUAUAAGCACAGCGCGUGAUUAUCGUAAAAUUUGGACGGAAAAAAGCGUCUGUGACAAAAUUUUUUGUUUAUUUUCGGCCCAAACAGUUUAAAGUUUGAGACAACGUAAAGAUUUUCAGUGGAGUAAGCUGUUUCGUUGAGCUCUUCGGUGAAGUGGCGUUUUGGUGAGCCGACAAAGAUAUAUAACCAGAAAUGACGCCAGUGGCCGUAGUUGAAUCUCCGCUGAGAAGAUCCGACGCGUCACGACUUUUUCGCACGCCGAGGCCGCUUUCGGAAGAAGAAAUCGUGAAUGAUGAUGAAGCGGAACGACGAUUUCGGCGGUCGGCUGCUUCCUUGGACGAUAGCACUAUGUCCACUGCAUCGACCGUCGAAGAUAAUGACAACAUCAAGAUGUGCCUCCAGUUGUACUCGGACAAUAAACUGAGCAAAGACAACGCGUGGACGGUGACCAUCAUCGAUACUUUCGCGAAACUGAUGACACGUCACUCGUCGAUGCAGAAUUUCCAGGUUGCUGGUUCGACGCUGGAGGCUUCCACAAAGGUUUACGGUCUCCGAGUUGAUUCCAUACACACUGACGUGAUGCGCAUGUGCUCGGAGUUAACGCGACAAUCCGCCCGGGCAAUGGACAACAACCGCGAGGAGGAAGUGGACGAUGAUAAUGGUGGUGCUGACAAGGAGAAUGGCGGUUCUGCGACAGGCGCAGAUGGUACCUCACAGCAGUCGCAGGAUCCGAAGCCGAAGAAGAAAAAAGCUCGAAAGCACGUUAGUACCUUAACGAAGAGCAAGGAGUCGAUCAACGCUCCUUUGGACACAAACCCCUUCACGGAUCCAUUUUUUGCCAAGCUCAAUUCAGUCGUGGGGGAUGUCAACAGUUCAAGCCGGUUGAUGCAGAAUAUUAUUCCGACCGAAAAGGGAGAGCUGCAAUUACGGAUGGAUUAUUCUUUUUGGGAUGACCGAGAGCUUCCGCCAAUAGAUCUAGAAGCGGUGGAAGACUAUGAAAACUACGAAACUACCACUGUCACAAUGCACAGCGUUUCGAUGGCAAACAAACUGCACGAGAUGUUGGCGGGAUAUGAAAUAACGGACGCCCCUGCUGAGGACGAAAACGAUGAAAAUGACAAACUGAAAGGAACACAGGACGUAGAAAUUCGCGACGCCGAAGCAGAUGCAUUUCCAAUGAACCGCUCCGCCGUGGAUGUUCGUUUUGAUAUCGAUGCGGAGGUGGAACCGAUUCCAGUUGGAGAUGCGUACAUCAUCGAUUACACAUCUGCCGAUGGGCCAGACAACGACGACGAGUUCAACGAAGAGGAUCAAAUUGCGCUGCAAAACUGUCGAGGCCUGAAACGUAAAACUGUAAUCAUCGAAGAUAUGCGUCCUAUUGAUUCUUCUUCUGCAAAUCUCGAAUAUUCUUAUCGCGCCCUGGAUAAUAUAUCGCAGUUUUGGGCCGGUCCCUCACAUUGGAAGUUCAAACGUUCCAAAGAUCUGCGCAGUCUUUCAAUGCAUAUGAGCACUCUCGGAAAGGCAAAACCGAAGGAGAAGCAAACCAGAAAGAAAAAACGCUUUGAAAUGGAUACUUUGGAUGAUAUGAUUAGUAUCGGGGAAGAAUUAUUUCCAGCAUACAGCCAAAGCAAACCAGUGAAAAACAUCACCCAUCAAAAGAGUUUGAUCUGUAAAAAGUGGGACUCCAAAAAGCUCAAAUUGCCAACUGAUUUCCACCUGGAGAGGAAUCGGUUUGAUAUAAACGUUUUUGCAAAGGGAAUGAAGGUAAAAGACUUUGAUACGGCACCAGAACCGGAUGUUCCGGUGGAUGAGUAUGACUAUGACAAUCCAGUCGAUCAGAACUACUGCAGCCGAGUAAUGAAUGACGAAACAGACACAGAAACAGAUCAGGUUGCCGAAUAUGACGGAGGUGCUACCGCUGACCAUCACACCUUUGAUGAUAUAACUGCUGGUGGAGAUGGAGGUGGUAGUGGGGCACCUCUCAACACCAGCCUUGAGUUCAUUCCUACAGAAUUUCAAGGAGCGCCCGAUAAGGUGGCAAAAAUUAACAUAGCCUACGCAAAAACUGCGAAAGUAGUCGACAUGAAACAGCUAAAAACGUGCUGUUGGCGGCUUAUCACUGAACAAAUCUCCGGCACCAGUCAAGAAUCCCCCAGCAGUAGCGGCAUGGUCAGCACGGGUAAAGCAACAUUUUCCGACAUCUAUCGGAAACUGCCGUAUAUUCUCAGCAAAUCGAUGAGUGAAAACAUCUCGAAGUCGCUUGCUUUUUAUUCGGUGUUACAUCUUACAAACGAUCGAUCUUUGCGACUUGUACGGCAAGAAGAUUUAGAUGAUUUUAAAAUUUUACCUCCUGCGUAACUGCCGCUGCCAAAGCUAAUGUGAGGGCCAAACGAGCAGGAUAUUAUUUAAUAAACACAACUUGAACAUAUUAAAAUAAUUUAAUCAGUUCCAGUUGUCUUAAGGUUCAACUGAGAAAGCUUGGAAAAGUGGCCAUCUUGGAAAACAAAAAAGUUUUUUCUCACACCGUUGGAAAAAUAUUCAUAAAAACCAAUCAAAAGUACUGUACCAAUGGCCCGAAUACAUUGAUUUAUUUUUAUGAAGAUUUUUGCAACGGUGUGUAAAAAGCUGCUUUUUCCUUUUCCAAGAUAGCCGCUUUUCCAAGCUUUCUCAGUAGAACUUUAACACGUAUAGUGCAAAGUAGGAUAUUCAGGAUCGCAAGUUCUUUGCUCAGCCAAUUUGUAGCAAAUAGUAACUUAAAAUUUAUUAGUGUUAUCGUUUUUGUACUACCAUUUUCGUUCGCGUAUGUUAAUAUCUUUCACCCAUUGAAAAUUUGGAUUGCCUUUGGCCACCAGACGAGUGGGAGCGGAACGAUUCAAAGUUUUGCGAUACGCAUGUACAAAUUAUCCUGUUAAUAGUAUUCUUACAGAAUAAUGAUUGAGUGUAUUCCUCCUUAGAAAUAGAGAAAUUGAAAACGAA